GGUGGAAGGAGAGAGAAAAGAAGUGGAAAGAUAGAGAAAAGGGCAACAGAAACGUGACAGAGACAGAAUACAAGGCCAAGGCGACCAGGGACAGGAGGAGGUGGGAGAAGACCACAGCGGUGAAGAUAUGGAGGGAGAGCAUCACCAAGAUGAGGAAGGAGAAAGCGAGAGACAAGAGAAGGUGCAGGGCUCAGACAGUGAAAGGGAAAGCAGAGUGCCUGGGCCAUCACCAACCAUCUCCAGUCAAGCUGGUCCACACGGAAGGCAUGGCGGGUCUGUCCAGCUACGCCGUGCGCAUGGCCAGACUGAGCGCGCAGAUCUUCGGGGGGGUCGUGCGUCCGACAGACUCCAGGUCCAUGAAGGUGGUCCAGCUGUUCCAGGAGCCCCCCAUGGCCCAGAGGAAGGAGGUGUACGACUGGUACCCACAGCACAAGAUUUACUACUCCAUGACCCAGAAGCUCCGCUUCAUGGGACUGUUCAGAGACGAGCAUGAAGACUUCAAGGAGGAGAUGCGUCGCCUGAGGAAACUGCGAGGAAAAGGGAAACCAAAGAAAGGAGAAGGGAAGAGAGCGGGGAAGAAGAAAUGAGCUGUUUUUCUCCCCCUUCUUUUUCUGGAAGCAGACAGCAUUGGACUGUGAACAUGCUGUCUGUGGACAUGGCUGAUCAUCCCGAAAGAAUUCCAUUGGUUUGGUCAGGACUGUACAGUUCAGUGUUGUUCCUUUGUUGGAAGCGUUUUUGUGUUGGCAAGAGUAAUAGCUUAGGUCAGCGUUUCACAUGAGACAUUCUCUGUCAGUUGUAUUGAAGUCAAUUCCAUC